AUGGUAGACAAUCAGCCACUACCAGCUGCUCAAAAAAUGUGGUACUUGAAAUCACAUGUGACAGGUGAAGCUGAAAAAUUGAUAAGUCAUUUCAGCAUAUCGGAGGACAAUUAUUCGGCAGCUUGGACAUUACUGCAAGACCGUUAUAAUAAUAAAAGGGUCUUGGCGUCCACAUUAAUCGAUGAACUUCUAAAUCAGCUAUCAGGCACAUCAACUGUGGCAGCAAUUAAAAAUUUACAUGACACAACGAAAGAGUGUCUAUUAGCACUAAACUAUCUUGGCGUUCAAACGACAUUUUGGGACCUAAUUUUGUUACAGGUACUAAUUAAAAAACUCGAUCGGGCGAUGCUCAUUAGAUAUGAGCAAUCUCUGGCAAAACCAAAAGAGAUACAAAACAUUCAGGAGUUUUUAGCCUUUUUAGAACUACAGUUCCAACUGAUGGAAGUUGUAGAACAAAAAGAUAAGGUGGCUAUAAAAAUUAAAGCAAAUCGAAAUAACUCAGUGUCAUCGGCUGUAACAGUUUCUAAAGGAAACAAUAAUUGCAAACUGUGCAAUGUAGACAGGCACCCACUGUAUCAUUGCCGUAAAUUUUGGCAAUUUUCACCAUCCCAACGAUUGGAUUGGGUGAAAAAUCAACAGCUCUGUUUUAACUGUUUCAGAAAUGAUCAUGUGGUGAACAAAUGUUCAUCAAGAAGUUCUACCAAAUGUAAUAAAAAGCAUAACACGUUGCUACAUUUGGAAGUUACAAAACAGAACAUUCAACUUAGCUCAAGUGGGUACAACACCGCAGUUACCACAGCGACAGCAAACACAUCCACAGGUCAUCGUGAUUAUGUUCUCUUGCCAACUGCAAGAGUCAAAAUAACUGCAUCGAAUGGAAAUACAAGUGAAGUCCGAGCAUUACUAGAGUCUGGUUCGCAAGUGAACAUAAUCUCUGAGCGUCUUGUCAAAAGGCUCAAUAUAUCACAAACAAAAUCGUUAUUGAGCAUAGAAGGUAUAGGAAAGGUGCAAAAAAAUUCAACGCAGCGAGUUAACAUCAAAUUGCAAUCACUUAACUCAAGGUUUACUACAGAAGUCGAAGCGUUUGUGCUUCCAAAUAUAGUUCCACCUCAACCAAGUUGCAGCUACGAUAUUUCCAAAUGGAAGGUCCCGAACACCAUUCAGUUAGCAGAUCCAACAUUUUUCCAACAAGGGAAAAUUGAUAUAUUACUCGGUGCGGAGUUCUAUUUUAGUCUGUUAAAGAAAGGUAAAUUAACGCUUGCUCCUGGGCUUCCAGUCUUGCAAAAUUCUACACUUGGCUGGAUUGUCAGUGGCAAGGUUGCAUCAAAUACAGACACAUCAAACGUUUUAUGUGCAGUUUUUGGCGGUGGGGCGGAGGUUGUUGAUAAUAACUCAUCGUUAGAAGAUGCAAUUGAGCGAUUAUGGCGAAUGGAUGAGGUGAAUACAACAGAAAGGACAUUAUCCAAAGAAGAAAAAUUAUGCGAAUCUCAUUUUGUGCAGAACGUCCAUACAAAUAAAGAAGGACGUUUUGUGGUAAGGUUGCCGUUUCUGGAAAACUCAUUGACGUUAGGGGAAUCUCAAGAAACAGCUUGGAGAAGGUUCAUCAGUCUUGAACGACGACUAGCAAAAAAUGAUGUUUUGCGGAAACAAUAUGUCCAGUUUAUGGAAGAGUAUGAGCGAUUGGGUCACAUGACUGAAGUAAACUUGGAUUCCAUGUUGACUCCAAGAUAUUUCAUUCCUCAUCAUUGCGUACUAAAACCAGAUAGUACAACUACUAAACUUCGAGUGGUGUUUGACGCAUCAGCCAAAACUACAUCUGGACACUCGUUGAAUGAUUUAAUGUAUAACGGACCGACAGUUCAAAGUGAACUCUUUUCAAUUCUGCUCCGUUUUAGGCGACCACGGUUUGUUUUCACCACAGAUAUCGAGAAAAUGUAUCGUCAAGUUUUCAUAAAUCCUGAAGAUCGACGCUAUCAACUUAUCAUUUGGAGAAGCAGUCCAAAUUCAACGAUUCGUUAUUAUCAGCUAAACACAAUUACAUAUGGGACUCGAGCAGCUCCUUACCUAGCAACAAGAUGUCUGCAAAAGAUAGCAUCAGAAAACAAGGUGAAUUAUCCAUUAGGAGCUCAAAUCCUGUGUGACAAUUUCUACGUUGACGAUGGGCUCGGUGGAUCAGAUAGUUUAAUUACGGCUAUUGAAGCUCAAAGACAACUAAUCCAUAUUUUGAAGAAGCAUCAUUUUUGUCUUCGGAAAUGGAGCGCAAACCAUCCUCAACUUUUGAAAAACAUUUCUCAAGAUGAUCAAGAGGUAAAUCUAGAUUUCGAUAAUAACGAGUCAAUCAAAACGCUGGGACUAUUUUGGUUGCCCAAAGCAGAUUUAUUUGGAAUUAAGGUCAAAAUGGUUACUGAAGGAAUAAUCACGAAGAGAGUCGUUAGUUCUGAUUUAGCUAGACUGUUCGACCCACUUGGUUUAUUAGCACCAGUAAUAGUCAAAGCAAAGAUUUUCAUACAACACUUAUGGCAGUUGAAAUUAUCUUGGGAUGAACCACUUCCUACAGAUCUUUGUACAACAUGGUCAACAUUUAGAGAAAACUUAAGUACUCUUGAAAAUCUUCAGGUGGCAAGACAUAUCUUCAGAGGCGAGGUUCCAUCAUCAACACAGCUACAUAUUUUUGCUGACGCAUCUGAAAAGGCAUUUGGUGCUGCAGCAUAUAUCAGAGCAAUUUUAAAAGAUGGUAGAAUAAUAGUGCGACUAUUAUGUGCAAAGUCAGGAGUAACACCACUCAAAAAACAAACGCUACCGCGACUAGAACUAUGUGCGGCAGUCUUAGCAGCGGAACUCUCAGCAAGAGUGAAAAGCGAUCUUCAAGAGAAGGACCAGCCGGUAUUUUUGUGGACUGAUUCAGAAAUUGUGUUGUCUUGGAUCAACUCACAGUCCUCAUCAUUUCAAACAUUUGUAGCUAACAGGGUAGCAAGAAUUCAAACUUUAACUCUGUCUGAACAGUGGCGACAUGUUAGGUCAAAGGACAACCCAGCUGAUGUGUUAUCAAGAGGACUUUCAGCAAGGGCGUUGUCAACAUGUGCACUUUGGUUUCAAGGACCGUUCUUUUUGCAUGGAAGGCAGGAAGUAUGGCCACCAAGGUUUUCAUCAUCAUUACAAGUUCCAGUCGAUCUGGAGAAGAAGAAGGUUGUAGCUGUAGCAACUCAAAGCAAUGACGCAGAUUUCAUAUACAGGAUUCAGCACAAAAAUUCAUUUAAGACGUUACAAAAGAUAGUAGCAUAUGUUCUUAGAUUCACUAACAACGCAAGAAAAUCAAAGGAGUCACGUGCCACACAUAUAGUACUUAGUGCCAACGAAUUGGAUGCAGCAUUAAUAACUAUAAUAUUUCACAUUCAGGGUAAUGAUUUUCAUGAAGAAAUCAAACAACUGAAGAAACAAGGUCAUGCUGAUAAAUUUAGUUCAAUCAGUAGUUUAUCUCCAUUCAUUGAUAAUGCAAAUGUUCUUAGAGUAGGAGGACGCUUAGAAGCCUCAUCAUUACCAUACGAUUCUAAACACCCAAUGCUGAUCCCAUACAAUGAUCCAUUGGCAAAAUUAUUAUUCGUGAUGUUCCAUGAAGAAAACAAGCACUGUGGCCCGCAAGCACUAUUGAGUAUAAUCCGACAACGUUUUUGGCCGAUUAAAGGUAAAUCAACAGCCCGAGCAACGGUUCAGCGAUGCAUUCGAUGCAACAAAGCACGUCCGCAAUUAUGCCAACAAAUUAUGGGCAAUUUACCAGAAUCAAGAAUAACUCCUGCAAGACCUUUCAUUAAUGCUGGUGUAGAUUAUUGCGGACCAUUUUGGAUCCACUACAAGGUGAGAGGCAAAAAGCCAACAAAGGCAUAUAUUGCUGUCUUUUGUUGCUUUUCUACAAAGGCGGUACAUCUCGAGUUAGUGACCGAUUUAUCAACAAAUGCUUUCAUUGGAGCAUUAAAACGAUUUAUAAGUCGACGAGGGCGUUGUUUGAAUAUUUACAGUGAUAACGCAACAAACUUCGUAGGCGCCAAAAACCAGUUAGCAGAAUUAGAAGAAAGCAUUUAUUCUAAUGAAGGACAAGAAGCAAUAAUCUCUGCCUGCAGUACCACAGGAAUAAAUUUUCAUUUUAUUCCACCAAGGGCUCCACACUUUGGCGGUUUAUGGGAAGCAUCCGUAAAGUCCGCAAAAUAUUUGUUACUACGCAGCGUUUCAACAGCAUCAUUGACGUAUGAAGAACUCGAAACAGUAGUGGUGGAAAUUGAAGCGACAUUAAAUUCACGACCAUUGACUCCAAUGUCCAAUGAUCCAACUGAUUUGACAGCAUUAACUCCAGGACACUUAUUAAUUGGAGAAGCUCUUACAACUCAUGUAGACAGCCGAUCGAAACCAGAAAAACACACGUUAUUGUCACGUUGGAACCUAGUUUCCCAGUUAAAACAUAAUUUCUGGAAACGCUGGUCUAACGAAUAUUUAAUGGAACUGCAACAACGUAACAAAUGGAAAACACAAUCUGCCAACAUACAGUUAGGAGACAUGGUUAUAAUCAAAGAAGAUAACGUCCCAGUGAUGCAGUGGCCCUUGGGACGAAUUGUACAUGUGUACAAGGGUACAGAUGGACAUAUCCGAGUAGCUGAUGUUAAAACAUCGGCAGGCAUUUUUAAACGCCCAAUUCAUCGAUUAGCUAUACUGCCUGUAAACACAGAUGACCAACCAACAAUGGCUGAAGCUGAUCACGAAGUACCUCCUGACAAGUUAAUUAUGAAAGAUAGAAAAGAGUCGUAUGAAGAGCCCAAGACAAAACGUAGAAAACUGCCGACCAAUUUGUACUGUUCUGUAUUACUUACAUUAUUACUGAUAUUGCCAAUAGUAAUAGGAUCUCCAAUUGACAAUAAAAGGUUUGGCACAAAAUUGGGUAUUCACUUUGAAAAUCUGGGCACAACUGCCAUAUCAACCACUGAAUGGAAUCUACUAGUUUAUUAUGAUUUAAGUCUUUAUUGGACGGAAGCAGCAGCUCUAAACACAGGAAUAAUGUCGCUACAUCAAACUUGUCAACAAAUGAAACCAAACGCAUCAUGUGCGAAUACAGUUAAUCACUUUAAACAUAUUGGAUCCGAACUACAACUUGAUGAUAAAUUACUUCAUGAUCAUCGCUUCAAAAGAGGAGCAAUUGACCUUGUAGGCAAUAUUGCGCAUUCACUGUUUGGAGUAUUAGAUUCAGAAUAUGCCAAAGGAAUGUCAAAUAUAAUUACAGAAAGGAACAACAAUCCUAAUUCUCUGGCCACAAAUAUUCCCUCAAUACCUUUUUGA